CAGGGAGCACUCGCAUUUCAAGUUCGCGAUCGCACCCACCGACCUUUCGGAUAUGUCCGAGCAAAUCACCUUGUACACCGCGAAGAUCUGUCCUUACGCGCAUAGAACCGAAUUGGCCCUCGAAGAAGCCGGCGCUGAGUACGAAAAAUACCAGAUUGACCUGCAGAACAAGCCUGAAUGGUAUGCGCCCCUAAUAAACCCUGCAAGCAAAGUUCCGGCGAUCACCUAUGGCGGUCCCAAGGUUGACCCUGCGACUCCGUCGCCCGAGUCGGCGAAGAUUGCCGAGUCUCUCGUGUUGGUCGAGUUCUUCGCGGACCUGUUCCCUGAAUCGACCAUCCUGCCUAAAGAUCCUUUGAGUCGGGCUCGAGCGCGCUUCUUUGUGGAAGUGGUUUCCUCCAAGUUGAUACCGAGGUACUACGCCUUCGGCAUGCGGGGAGAGUCGUACGAGCCCCUGCUCCAAGCUUUUGAGGAGGUGCAGCGUCUGCUCCCCAACGACGCCAAAUACGCCGUCGGGGACGACUUCACGCUGGCGGAUAUCGCACUUUUGCCCUUCAUCGCAAGAAUGUGGAUCAUGUUCGAGAACGACAUCGGCGGCUUCCCUCCCGGCGAAGGGCGGAAGUUCAUCAACACAUUGCAGACCGAUCCGAAGUAUGCGAGGAUCAACCAGUACAUCGCCGAUGUCACAGCGCGUCCUAGUUUCCUGAAGACAUUCGACAAGGCCUAUGUCACCAGCGCCUUCGCCACGAGGUUUGGCCAUCUUAGGGCGCAGAAACAAGUUGCUUGAGCUGGUUUGGUGAUAUGUUCGUAUAUGAAACCUGGGACCGUUAGUUAUGCAAUACGUUUGGUGACUCG